AAAGUAGGCGGUCUGUCGAGCCUUGCCUCGUUCCUGCAUUUCACUGAGGUGUGGGUCAGACGCCACGCGCGGAACGUCAGACGCCAGCGAGCCGCAGGACGAGGUACAGAGGCAGUUAGACUGACCCUGACUGAAGCUAAUCACAUAUUGCACUGCAGCACAACGAGUGUUUUAUCAUCCUCACAGAGCACUAGAGAGUUUACAUCUUGUGUUAAACUCGUGUAAACUGCUUUAAGUGACUGUCAAAUGGAGAUCAGCUGUGCCAUGGACUGGCUUUUGCCUGCCUCUUUAUUCUUGCUGGUUGUCCUGCUCGCAUAUAUAUAUGGCACGUGGACAUUUUCAACCUUUACCAGGAACGAGAUUCCAGGACCACCCCCUCUCCCAUUCUUCGGACAUGUGCUGGAAUUUCGGAGAAAGGGUAUCUUUGAUUGUGUUCGAACCUGGAGAAAAAAGUAUGGGAAGAGCUUCGGAAUCUACAUGAUGAGACAACCACUGCUGCUCACCUGUGAUUUGGACAUCGCGAAGGAAGUUUUUAUCAAAGACUUCGCAAACUUUACAAAUCGGGGGAAUAAGAGGGCAGACACUUUUACCUACCCGUUGAACCUCAGCCUGCCUUUUACUGAGGAUAACACAUGGAGGCGGUUACGCCACACCAUGACACCGACAUUCAGCACCGGCAAGUUAAAACUGAUGGCUCCCUGCAUCGCUCGAUGUUGUGAAAAUCUGUCACGUGCUCUGCUCAGAAUAACUGAGAAGCAAGAACUUGUGGAUGUCAAAAGGGUUUUUGGGGCCUACACCAUAGAUGUCAUUGCCGGAACCGCAUUCGGGCUGGAGACAGAUAUGCUGACCAAUGAGAAUGAGGCCUUUGUGCAGUGUGCCAUGCAGAUGAUAAGAAAACAAUCCUCUCUUGGCUUGCGAAUAGCAUUUUUCAUGCUUUUUCCGUUCAUCGGACGAUUCCUAAGGUUCGCAGGUCUAACAAAAUCUUCCUCAGAAGAUCACAUGAUCCAUUUUAUUGACAAAAUCAUACAAGAAAGGAGGAAUAACGGCGGCAGUGACCGAAAUGACUUCAUUCAGCUUCUUCUUGAAGCGGAGGCCUCAGAAAAGGACAUUGCGCUAAUCCUCAAGAUAGACUGCACGCAAAUACUGAUUGAUCGCCAUUCUUUGUCAGAAAUGACGAAGGAUGAAAUUAUCGCACAAGGUGUGACCAUCAUCAAUGCAGGCUACGAGACGACGGCAACAACUCUACACUUUAUGGUGUACUUGCUGGCACUCAAUCCUGACAAACAGGAAAAACUCUACGACGAGAUCAUGAAAGCUAUCGGCAACGACACACCUACCUAUGACAAUGUGAUGGGCAUCAAGUACCUGGACGACACUCUCAGAGAGACGCUUCGCAUGUUUCCACCUACUCCUAUGCUUACCCGCAGUGCUCUCGAAACCCGAACAAUAAAAGGCUUGACCAUAGAGGCCGGAAGCACCGUUGGCGUUGCCUCUGCUGCCUUCAUGCAGGAUGAAGAGAUCUUUCCUGAACCUGACAAGUUCAUACCAGAGAGAUUUGACGACGACAACAUUCCGACCAUAGUACGCGAGUUGGCCUUCGGGAUGGGCCCUCGUCAGUGUAUCGGCAUGAGACUGGCGCUGUAAGAGGCCAAGAUGGCCGCCGUCACCAUCAUCCGACGUUUUAGUUCCUUAAAGUACCAGAGACACUUGACACGAUUGUACUAAACAACACCGCAGGGCUAGCCACCCCUGUCAAGCCUAUCUUUGUGAAGACGGAGCUUCGCAGCAACCACUAAACCUGUCAAAGAGACAACAGACACGAAAGAAAUCCUGCUCAAAGCUCUCUGUAUCAAGAGAAAAGAACAUCAAUAUCAAGUUUUCUAAUGCCUUUAGCAGAUCCAUUGACUUUUUUGAAAUGUUCAAACAGAGGCGUGUCAUCAGUACUCAAAACAAAAAUUAGUUUAUGUUACACCAGAAUAUUAAAUUCUAAUUAUCUUUUCAGUUUUACACUUUUUAUAUACCCAGAGAAACUAAAAGUAUCAUCAUCGUCAACAACAGCAUCAGCAGUCAUUAUAAAGCGUAUAUUCAAAAUGUACGAGGCUCAUCUACUCAGAUAUGUUAUCAUGUGCCUACAUUAUUUCACUUUCCUCUUCAUUGGUGUCACAUAGUAUUUCCACUAAUCACUCUUGUCACAGGGUUUGAUAAUGUGUACAUGGAACGAAUUCCUUACCUUCGUCUGGAGUGCGUAUUUAAAUUACAUAAGUAUGCAAAGUGAAUCCUGGUUACUCGGAUUCCAUAAACUAUUUUUGUACUUUUAUUACUAAAACCAAACGUCGCACAGGACAUUCCUUGACUUACAUGUUUACUCAAAUAAGUGUUUUACUUUUCUCAGCAUAUUCAAAAAAGAUACUUUACUAUAUGUGUGUGUGAGUUUGCUUAUUAUUCUUUGAAAUGUUGAUAAACUUUACACCUGGCGCAAAGGUGAUAUUUUUAGCCUAGUCGCUAUUAAAAGUGAAAGGACAAGCUGCGUCUAGGUACACGAACAUGAGGCAGUUAUAAUAACCCUGACUGAAGCAAAUCGCAUGUUCCACUUGUAGUCUGAACCAGUUUGCAGCAGAACGAGUAUGUUCUCGCCCUCACAUAGUGCUAGAGAGUUUACAUCUUGUCUUAUACUUGUGUCAACUGCUUUGAGUGACAGUCAAAUGGAGAUCAAUUUUUGCCUGCCUCUUUAUUCUUGCUGAUUGGCUUGCUCGUGUAAAUUAAAGUAUACACACAUAAUAUAAAAGCAAUUAAAUUUAUUAACUUAAUUAACUUAA